UUGAAGUAUGUACGUCUCGAUGCGCAUAUCGCCACAUUUUAUUCGGUAAAAUUGGUGUAUGGUGUCAGCAAUCGGUGUUAAGUCACCUGUAUACAUGUCUCCCCAGUGUUGAGAAGCUGUCACUGCCAUGUGUCCCUUGCAGUGAAUGGCAACAUAUGGCAUAUGGCAUCAUAUUGUCGCCAUAUCAGAACCACCUAUGAACCAGUAUGCUGAUGGAACCUGUAUAUAAAAAAAAAUAGAUUGAUGUUCAAAGCCAGUUGUGCUUAAUAAAAUGGAAGAAUCUGAAUACCUUUCAAGAAUGAUGAGACUUGAUACACUGAAUAAUUUACAAAAAGAAAAAUUUGGAAAAGAUAAAUAAAGAUUAUGAAUUGGCAAAGACUGUUGAUCUAAUCCUAGAUGUUCAAGGAAGAGGAGAAAGUAAAGGAUAAGUCAAAAGUGCAUCCAUAAUGAAAUGAGAGACUCCAUUCUUUGUUGUGUACUUUGAGAGGGACCAGAAAAUUCAUUGACCAUGGCUGAUUGUGAAAAUAGUGUUCAGACCUUAGCGUCUCUUUCUGUAAAGAAGAGUAUUAUGUUUCUGCAGCAACUUGUGUAUCGUUUUGUAAAUAUUAAAGACAUUGAACCAUGUGCUUCUUUCUUGAGGGACUUGCUUGCAUCAAUCCCUCCCAAUUUUCAUGCAGAAUUUCUUGAUAAACUAGCACCUAUAUUUGACAAUAUUACAAACUGUGCUGUGGAGAAUUGUGUCCUGGACAUAAUAGACGAGUUGGCUUUGAUGCUGUUAUCUCCAUCCAUAACACAGAUAGAUGUCGACAAGUUCAUUUUCCCAACAAGAAACCCAGCCAAAUACCUUAAAGCCUUAGAACAUGCAACCAGUCUUAGAAUGCUGAUUAGCCAGAGAGAAAAUGUAUGGAAAUAUUCCAUCAGUAAAUUUGAACUUCUCUCUUCUGCUUUGACAAAGAUGCCAAUGCUGAUACAUCUGACUUUACAUCAUAUUAAAAUUCCUAGUAGUAAGAUUAACCAGUUGUUACUGGGUUUAGCAUCAAACAGUCCCCACUUGAUAUAUCUAGAUUUGAAGUAUGGGGCAUUAACUGACUCUGGCUUAGAUCCAAACUCAUUAGAAAAGUUUGGAAAAAUUACUGAUUUCACAGAUUGCAUCCCUGCCUUGUUAAAAAUGAAAAAUCUUCAUUACCUAAAUGUCAGUGAGUCUUGGCUUACCUAUGUUGGUGUAAAAGCAAUUGUGAAGAAUCUACCCCUGCGCAGAUUAGAUGCCAUAGUGGAAGGAGGAUAUGAUCUGCAGGCUGUUGUCAUAAAAGACAUCCUGAUGUUACAGUCUGAGCCUCUUGUCCUUCCCAGAACAUCAUACUAUGUUGCUCCUGAGGAACACAACAUUCAGUAUAUAUGCCAAGCAUGCCCACAGUUAGAGUACAUCAUCAUGCAACAUUGUGGUGUUGGAGUGACAGAAUCCAGCUUCCAGAGCCUCACCAGUUUACAGCACUUGAAGAAAGUCACCAUAUGUGGUCUAGAGUGGUCUCUCCUCCAUUCCCAGAUUGCUAUCAAUGACGAUCCCAUGCCCAUCAGCAAUGUAGUGACGGAGGUAACGCUGACUGAGCCCUCGUGUGUGGAUGCAUACCACCUAGGUAGCCUGUCAGUCUGUUUCCCACAGCUUACUCACCUUUGGGUAUUGGGCUCACAGAAUGAGGAGAGUGAUGUUCCCUGGGAUGGAGUUCGUGUAUUCACAAAAUUGACACAUCUACAUUAUGAAGGUUCCCUGUUUGUUGGAAAAUUUGGGAGAAUAGAGAGGGAGCAAGGACUACAGAAUAUCCUGGAUGUUCUACUGGCUUGGUGCAAACAGCUUCGAAGCUUAACCUUAUACACUAAUUACCUGGAGGAUCUCAUGUUGCAUUUUGCAGUGCGCAGAAAUGGGCUGCGCAAACUCGAAGAACUAAGGAUAGGGUUGCAACAUGAUUUAUCAAGUGACACAAUAAUGCUUUUACUUCAAAAUACUCCAGACUUACGAAUACUUGGCCGGACUGAUUGGUGGACAACUAUGACUCACUUAGAGAAAGUUAAUCUCAUAAGAACCCUUAAACUAAGAUACAGCAACCUUGAAGUUUUUGGAUUAGACAACUGUAGUGAUGUGGAGCAUGAUCCUCGGCCUACAAAAAAUAAUCACAGCAUUGUUGUGUGGUAGCUCCCCUGUCAGUGACGAGCUCUGUGGCUGUCGGCUUUAAUGAAUGAAUGAAUGAAUGAAUCAGACAAACUACUUGUACUCUAGGGGAGGUCUCAGUGGGGCUAUUCAAUCAUUUUAUUAGAGUGAUAAUGAUGGAAAGAUAUCAAAAGGUGAUUUUUUUUUUUUUUUUUUUUUUUUUAUUGUGUUUAGGGUAAUUGCUUUGAGAAGCUUAUCCAUGUCCAUUUUGUACUUGUAAGAAUAGCACCUGGUUGUAUUAGGCGCCUUUCAUGCUUGCUCAUAUUGUAAUGGUGUUGUCCUGUCACUAUGUGGUAAAAAGAUGUGUUUGUUUUUAUGAACAAUGGACUUUUGUAAGGGUCAAGUUUGUGUUUUGACCUUGUCAAAAAGAUUUGAAACUGAUAAAUAAAUACAUCUUAGCAUAAUUAGUAUUUGUAAUAGAUUCUACAAUUAUAUAGAAAAAAGGUCAAAGAAAACAUGGAAAAGGAAAAUGUUAAAUUUGUGUUCACAACUGUCUUUUCUCAAGAGUUGGUAAUUACUCAUUGUAGUUUCAGGUCAUUUUUAUAAAUAUUGUAUCAAGUUUUGUGCUUCUCAUAAGAAAGAAGGAAUAGGAGGUAAUAUAGAUGUUAAUUUAUGAAGUACAUGUGGAUAUUAGAUAAUCUAAUUGUAGUUUUGUCUUGUCUCUUAAAAAGAUCAGAUAUUACAUAAGGAUGACAGAAUCUUCCUCUUGACUAAGCUGUAGAAUGUGAUUCUAAGUACUAAAAGAGGUAUAGGACUUACACAAUCAUAGGAUUAUUUUAAAAAUACAGUAUGUGCUUUGAUGAAAUAAGGUGAUAACAGUGGCUAUGACAAAUGCUGACUACAGAUAGCAGUUCUUUGUAUAUUGUUUAAAGGAAAAACAGUUAAUAGUUUCAAAAGUUGGAAUAAAAGGAAACACUAAGUACAUAAAUGUCCAUACUAAAAGACUUUGAUAUGCAGUUGUGUUGCUUGUAGAGUGAACAAAACAUGAUGAACUAAUGAGUAGAAAAAAAUCUGAUCACUGCCUUGUAAUCGUAAAAGAGUUGUUGUACUACAGACGAUGCAAGAACUGCAUUUAGUUUUAAAAUAUUACGCUUAUAUGUAGGUCAGGUACCACUAGAAUAAGAGAACAGAAGAAAAUUGAAAUGAAAAUACGAGAAGACGUAUUGUUGUUAUGAAAUAUUUAUAAAAAGUUAUAGAUGAAACAUUAUGAUACCAGGUGUUGCUAAUGAAAGCACUUUUUUUUUUUAAUCUGAUAAUCAGAAAAAAAUAUUUUAAUUUCAUGGUAUAUGCAGACAAAGAAUAGAGCUUAAGUAAAAAGUAGGUAGUGCAUAACAUCUCAACAGGUUUGAUAUAGUAAAGAAAGAUAUUUUGUGUUAGGUGAUGAUAGCCUUUGAUAGAAAAUAUAAGCUUUUUACACAGAAGGAUUCAAAAGCAAAAUGCAUUUAAUAGAAGUUUUUUGUAUAGGACCUCAAGAAAAUUAGCUCUGGAUCAUAUUUUGAUGUAUCUGUUUGUUGAAGAUGUAUUUGAGUAAUUCAAUCAAAGGAAAACUAAAAAUCACUCACAGUGUAUGGGGAGAUUUACUUGUAAAAUGAACUCUUAUGUGUGUUUAUGGUAAGUAAAGUCUACAUCUUAGUCCAUUUUAAUGUCUGAAUGGAACACUGUUUGCUUCAUAUUUUUUGUAUAGAAAGCCAGUAUGUGUUCAUAUGUGACUGCACAGUAUACUUUUGGUUUUAUUCUAAGAAAAAUAUCAGUUUGAUAUUGUUUUUCUUUAAAAAUUACACAGUUAGCUAUAAUGUUUACUCAGAGACAAGCUACUUAGACUUCACAUGAAUGUGGGAUUACUGUCUUCUUACUAUAUAUAGGUACAUAGAUGUAGAACCUCGAAGGAUGUGAACAGUCACUAUAAGUUUUUAUAUUCCUUCCCAUUUUUAUUUGUCUUUAUUUAAACUUAUUUUUGCAAUGUGUGUAAAGUUAUUUCAGAGUAUGUGUAUGGAUUCAGAAAAUGCAAAUGAUUUUUAAUGCCUUCCUUUGAAAUGUUUAUUAGACAGUAUUUUGAUCUUACUGUAAAUUGUUUAGUGUAAUGUUGCGUUUGUGUAAUGAAGAGAAGUUAUUUUCUUAUACUUUACUACAGCACUUAGGUCCGUGCACUGUCAGUAUUGUGACAUCUUUGUUUUUAAAAAAAUGUAAAGGAAAAAAAGAUGAAUAGGUAUCUCAGCUAUAGUGGAGAUUGAAAUGUAAGGUAGUGCAGCUUAUGAAUUAUUAUGCAGUGUAGACAUACUUGCCUUCUAUCAGUUGUAUAGAUGGGAACAUACAUAAGGGAUGGUGUGAGUUUUUAUUUUGUGCAUCUGUAUGUGCACAAUGUAGAGUGUCUUUGUAACAGCAUACUUUUACAAUUUACACCUAUAUGCAAAAAUGGUACUUUUGUCCUGUCCAAGACUCAUUCCUAGAAACAUCCUUAUACAGGUUGCAUUGUAUAAUCAGUGUGAAAGGAUUCCAGACACAGGAACACAGAGGAGGAAUUUGAAGGAAAAUGUGUAGAGAAAGAAAUGCAAAAGGAAAUAUGUA